AAUGCGGUCAGUAAACUAGAUCCGUUUUCGACCCUGACACUGCCACAAUCCGCUGUCACGAUUUGUGUCAGUCUCCUCUCAAUAUUGUUAGAUUUUUUAAUGAAUUUUUUGUUUUUGUUUUUAUCAUAAUAGUUAAAUUAAAAACUUACCUCGUAAUUUUAAUUAAAACACACAAUUUAUAUAUAUUUAUCACCACAAUAAUAUAAACAUUUAAUAAACAAUACGAAUGAUUUAUAAAUAAAUGUUUAAUUUAAUUUUCACCCUUCUCUUUUUAGUUCAGGCCCUCCACUAGGUUCUUGAAAUAUUUUUUUUUUAAUACACUUGAGAGUAUAUAAACAUGGCCGGUUUGUUAGUUCGGCUUGUCACCAUUACUCCAAGGUCGUUGAACUAUUUUAUAUUUAUUAUUAAUUUAUCAUAAUCAAUAUUUUAUUUAUUUUAUAUUUAUUAUUGAUAUAUUUAAUUGUUGUAUGAUGUUUAUUUUUUAUUAUUUACUAAAAUGGAGCAAUAUUUCUUAAGGUAGUUGUUUUGACUUUUAUUACUAUGUAGUUGUUGACCUGCUUCUAGGUGGCACUUGUGUCGCUCUGUCUCAUCAUAAAUCCUUAUUUACACUUUCAAAAAAAACAUGUUUUUAUAUUUCAAAUUUAAUGUAAUUAGUAUAAUUAUUUUUGUUAAUUAAUUACUGUAAAUAAAAAUUAGUAUUUUGUUAGUUAUUUAUAAAAAAAUUUAGAGUCUCGAUAAUUUUUUUUUUUGAAUUUUUUCGCUUAACAGUAUAAAUCGGACUUUAUAUUGACUUAAAAAAAAAUAUAUGCAACAAAUUAUUAUUAUAAAACUAAAAACACACAUUUUUUUAAUUAGUGUAGAAGAUAAAUAAAUAAAAAAAAUUAAAUUGCCAAUUGAUAUGCAAUUAAUUUUAUUGAUAAAUGUUUAACUAUUUUAUUUAUUAAAUAUUGUUUAAAGUUUAAACAAAUUGGAUCAUCAAAAGAAUAAAAUAAUGAGCAAAAUUAUGAAUUAUUAAUUGAGAAAAAAAGAGACAAUUUAACGAAAAAAUGAUUCGUUUAUUUCAACCAUCAAUACCAAGAACAACAAGAACACUAUUUAGACCAACGAAAUUAAAAUAUCUAAUAAUUAUAAUUGGAAUAAUUGGAGUACUUGAUUUAUUUGGAGCAUUUACUCAUUUAUUUGAAUAUUCAUAUGACAGAUAUUUUACAUAUCCAUAUGAAGGUGAUGUAUUUCCAUUUGUUGAUGCUUUAAAGCACAAUCAUAAACCAAAAGUAAAACCAAUAAAUGAAUAUAAUUUAGAUUAUAUUUAUAAUUUAAAAGAUCAUUGUGUUGAUAAUAAUUAUCAUAAUUUACGUAUUAUAUUUUUAAUUAAAUCAGCAUUAAAAAAUUUUGAACAACGUAAUGCAAUUAGAAAUUCUUGGGGUUUUAAAAAAAGAUUUUUUGAUGUACCAACAAGAACCCUAUUUCUUCUUGGUAUAAAUAAUAAUGAUGAUGAAUUACAAUAUAAAAUAAAUCAAGAAUCAAUUAAAUAUAAAGAUAUAUUACAAGCUAAAUUUAUUGAUUCAUAUUAUAAUAAUACAAUUAAAACAAUGAUGGGAAUAAAUUGGGCAUUUAAAAAUUGUUUAAAUUCAAAAUUUUAUAUGUUUGUUGAUGAUGAUAUGUAUGUUUCAGUUAAAAAUGUAUUAGCAUUUAUUAGAAAUCCAGCUUAUUAUCCAGAUUAUUUAAAAGAACCAAGUAGAAUGGAUAAUACAGUAUUAAUUGAUAAUAACAAUAAUAGUAAUAAUACAACAAUAAAAUUAAAUAAUUUAAAAAUACGUAAACGUCGUCAAAUAUUUGACAUUGAAUUACCAGAUAAUGUUAGAUUAUUUGCUGGAUAUGUAUUUAAAUCAUCACCACAUAGACAUAAAACAUCAAAAUGGUAUAUUUCAUUGGAUGAAUAUCCAUAUGAUUAUUGGCCACCUUAUGUUACAGCUGGUGCAUAUAUUUUAUCGAAAAAUGCACUUGUUGAUAUGUACUAUACAAGUUUAUACACAAAACAUUUUAAAUUUGAUGAUAUUUAUUUGGGUCUUGUUGCUAAAAAAGCUGACAUUGAACCAUUUCAUUGUGAUGAAUUUCAUUUUUAUAAAAGAGACUAUACACCUUUUAAUUAUAAAUAUGUUAUUGUAUCACAUGGAUAUAAUAAUCCAAAUGAAUUAUUACAAGUAUGGAAUGAACAAAAAGCAUUAGGUAAUGCAUAGAUAAAUAAUAAUUUGCCAAAUUAAUUAAUUAGAUAAUUUUUUUAAUUCAAUUUUAUAGAUUAAUUUAUUAAAUUAUUUAUAAGUAGAAAAAUACAUUUACAUUUAAUAAAAUUUAAAAAUUAUAAAAAGCAUUAUAUUAUUACAAAUUAUUGAUUAUUAUUUUAUGUUAUUAUUUAAUUUUAAAUAUUAUUUACAAAAUUUGUACUGGAUUAGAUCGAUAAUAAUUAUUCAGUCGAUUUAUUUGCAGUUUUAUUCUUAAAAAAAAAAAUAUUUAAUUAAUAAUUAUUAUUGUCUACGAUGUUGUUGAUCAAUAUUAACUUUAAUCAAUGUUUCAUGAAGAACAGAUGCUUCUCUUUUUAACAUAUUUAAAAGUAAUUGUGAACUUUCAAGUAUCUAAAAAAUAUAAACAUUAUAUUUAAUAUAUAAUUUUUAUAUAAAAUAAUUUUGAAAAUAUUGUAAAUUACCUUUGUAUAUGCAGCUUCUGUUUCUGUAAUUGUUUUAUCAUACUCAUUACGUACAGAUAUUCUUUUACCAAGACAAUCAGUUAUUCUAAUUAGCUUUGUUGACAUUUUUUCAAUUUCUUUUUCUAAUGUUAUUUUAUCUUCUUCUUGUAAAUCAAUUUGUUUUUGUAAUUCAGCACGUCGUUGUUUCAUAUCUUCUAAAUCUAAAAUAACAUAUAAAUUUUUAUUAUAAAUUUUGUUUGUUUUUUUAAAUAAUAGAUAAUGUAAACAAUUAAUUUAAAGGUUAUAUACCGCGUUCCAACUCACACUUGACGAGUUCCUGGUUGUAAGUUUGUAAUGCUGCACCAUGUUGUGACAUUUUAAUUAACAACUAUUAAAUUAUUAAAACACACAAUAUCCAAAUGUAUUUAAUAAUAAUAAAAGUAUUUAUUUAAAUUUGUUAAUAAAUAACAUGAAAAUAUAAGCAUUGAUGAUGACAGUGAUGGUUGGAGUAGGGGGAUGUUUUGUUGUUGCUGUUUUACAUUGGUGUGCCACCAUUUUUUAGGUGGAGUUGCAAACAAGCUUUAUACAUCAUCUUGUGACUGUUAAUUAAAUGCAAUUGAAUAAACUAUUUAUUAUAAGAAAUUUAGUGUCCUUGAAUAAACAAAUAUUUUCUUUUCAUUUUGGAGUAAUUUAAACAAGCUGAUGAUAAAAUAACUUAACAACAAAAUUGGAGUAAAUUAAUAAAACAUUUAAAUUCAGAUUUUA